GGCGCAUACAGCUUCGCGACGACGCUUAAGCGGCGCCAACUGACUCGCGACACCCUCUCGCUUCCUCCUUCUCUUCUCGACCAUGGCAGACCCCAAGGGGGCCAAAUGCCGCCCCAGCUGGACUCUGAGUCUGGAGACCCCAUGUGGGGAGGCCUCGCAGGCUUGUACUAGCACGCAAAGACAGAGUCGCAGGGCAGAAACUUGGACCAACAUAGUCCAACAUCCCGCAGGCAUCCAUCGUGAUGGGAUCUCAUUGCCCAGCACCAGGAAGAGUACAAAUAGACCCGUGUCCCCCAUUCCCACGGUCCUGGUCUGCAUGACAUCCAUGCAACCACCACGAUGACCAUCCUCACUGGGCGUGCCCUCAACUGGGCCAUUACGGCCACCUCAGGAAGCGGCUUCCUCUUAUUCGGCUAUGACCAGGGCGUCAUGUCCGGCUUGCUCACGGGCUACGCCUUUGUCAAGACGUUCCCCGAGAUCGACACCACCGACACGGGCACCGGCUCGCCCACGCUCCAGGGCCUCGUGGUCGCCAUCUACGAAAUUGGCUGCUUCCUCGGCGCCAUCUUCUGCUUCCUCUUUGGCGAGCGCCUCGGCCGCCGCAAGUGCGUCAUGCUCGGCUGCGUCAUCCUCAGCAUCGGCGCCGCCCUGCAGGCCGCCGCCUUUGGUAUCCCCCAGAUGAUCGUCGGCCGUGUCGUGGCCGGCAUCGGCAAUGGCAUGAACACGAGCACCAUUCCCGUCUGGCACUCGGAGCUCAUGAAGGCCAAGAACCGUGGACGUGGUCUGGCCAUUGAGCUGGCUAUCAACAUCUUUGGCGUCAUGCUGUCGUACUGGGUUGAUUAUGGCAUGUCCUUUGUCUCGAAUGACGCGCAGUUUCGUUUCCCGCUUGCGCUGCAGAUUUUCUUUGCCGUCGUCACGUUUGUUGGCAUGCUUGUCCUGCCUGAGUCGCCGCGCUGGCUUAUCGCGCACGACCGCCACGACGAGGCCAGAAAGAUCCUCUGGGCCGUCCAGAAGGACUGCAAGACUAGGAGCAUUGAUGACGAGGAGCUGAGCCGCACCGUGGCCGAGAUUCAGCAUGCCGUCAAGGAGGAGCGUGAAGCAGCCCAGGCGGGGAGCUUCGCCAUGAUCCUCAAGAAUGGCGAGCAAAAGUUCCUCAUCAGGACGCUUUUAGGGUUGGGUGGCCAGUUUAUGCAACAAAUUUCUGGCAUAAAUUUGAUAACUUAUUACGCCCCCGUCAUCUUCCAAAAGUCCAUGGGCAUGUCUCACGACAUGUCCCUCCUCCUGGCGGGCUUCAACGGCAUCGCCUACUUCCUCUCGUCUCUCAUCCCCAUCUGGAUCAUUGACAGGCUGGGACGAAGAAAGCUCAUGCUGUUCGCUGCCGCCGGACAAUGUUGCUGUAUGGCUGUGUUGGCUGGGACAGUCUCGGACGGGGGACGUGCGACAGGUAUUGUCGCGGCUGUCAUGCUGUUCCUCUUCAACUUCUUCUUUGCCGUGGGUCUACUGGCCAUUCCAUGGUUAUUGCCUGCCGAGUACGCCCCCCUGGCGAUCCGAACCCGCGCCGCUGCACUCUCGACGGCGUCCAACUGGGUUUUCACUUUUCUGGUGGUCAUGAUCACGCCCGUCUCCAUCGACAGUAUUGGCUGGAAGACAUAUGUUUAUUUCUGCGUCUUCAACUUGGGCUUCAUCCCGCUCAUCUACUUCUGCUACCCCGAGACCCAGUGGCUCAGUCUCGAGCAGAUUGACAAGCUGUUCACCGGGCCCAAGAUUUUGUUACACUGGGACAAAAGCAUGGGAAUUCCUGGCGAGGCGCCCAGCAAGACAGCGCUGGGGGACGAUGGCAUGGUUGUGCACAAGGAGGACGGAAUGGCAGAGUUGAAGGAAUGAGUUGGAGGGUGAAACUGCUUCGCAGUUGUGAAUUUGAUAGGAUGAAUUGUAUGAUAUAUUGAU